GUAACUGCCAUGUUUCCAUGGUAACUGCUGUGUGUCUGUCCCCACCUCAGCAGCAGCAGGCUGGACUGCUAUCCCAGAGUUCCACGGGGCACGCCAUGCCCUCCACUGGUUGGCAGCAAGGAUCUGUCUCACCAAACACCCCCGGCAUGUCCCAAAGUUCUGCCGCCUCCACCAAUGCUAACAUGGCCUCUAACAUGGCAUGUAGCUGGAUCCAGACAGUGAACGGUCAGCAGAUGUUGCUCAUCCCAGUAGCGGGGCCGAACGGUCAGCAGCAGCUGCUCACUAUACCUGUGUCCAUUCCACAGUCUCCCGGGCAACAGGGACAGGUGGCCCAGAUCAUCGCCCUCCCCACGGCAGGUGGUCAGGUGGUGCCAACAGGUGGACAGAUGUUAACCCAGGCAGCCGUCAACGGGGGAGUCGUCGCUUCACCUGGGGCUCAGCAAGCAGCGCAUUCAGGUAUUGCAGUCCAUGCGACAGCAGCCAGUGAAAUCACAUCCCCAACCAAGUCAGCGCCCAGCCCAACCACAGCUGUGACCAACCAGGUCAUCAGAACAACGUCAUCCCGGAUUACCGGCACGCCUGUCAUGACCAAUCAGAUCGCGGGCACCCAAGUCGUCACGAGUCCCAGCGGACAGAUCCAGCUGAUCGCGGGAAACACGGGAUUGGUGAACCAGGCCACGGCCAACGCCACGCAGAUACUAAACCGCGUCCAGGCGGCGCCACCGGUCACGUCGCAGCUGGUAAACGGGACUCACGUUCUCACGAACGCCUCUCCCGCGAGACAGGUUCUAACGUCGGCGAUUCCGCAGGGAGUGACCACGUCGGCCGCGAUGGCGGCACACAUGGCAGCCAAUCAGGUGGCAGCGACGCAGGCAGCAACCAAUCAGACGACAGCAACACAUCAUCACGUAGUGACGAAUCAGGCGACGGGAGGACAGGUCCUGACGAAUGCAGCGGGACAGGUUUUAGGGACGGUCGUCGGGACACAGAUCAUCACACCUGGAGUCAUCUCACCUGGCGUUACAGUAGCUUCAGGUGGAGACGAGCUUCAUUCACAAGCAUCACAGCAGUCUAUUUCCCAGCUGGCAGCAGCAGCAGAUAUCCUCGGCUCAGCAGAGAGCACGGUGGACGGGAUUAACCUGGAGGAGAUCAAGGAGUUCGCUCGGCAGUUCAAGAUCCGCAGACUCUCGCUGGGGCUGACCCAGACCCAGGUUGGACAGGCACUGAGCGCUACUGAGGGCCCAGCUUAUAGCCAGUCUGCCAUAUGCAGAUUUGAGAAGCUAGACAUCACCCCCAAGAGUGCCCAGAAGAUCAAGCCUGUCCUGGAGCGCUGGAUGGCGGAGGCAGAGGAGAGGUAUAAGAACGGUGCCGCCAACCUGUCCGAAUUCAUCGGGCAAGAACCUUCCAAGAAAAGGAAGAGAAGAACGUCAUUCACACCACAGGCCUUGGAAGUGCUGAAUGCCCACUUUGAGAAGAACACCCAUCCGUCGGGAGCAGAGAUGACCGCACUGGCCGAAAAGCUGAACUACGACAGAGAGGUGAUCCGCGUAUGGUUCUGCAACAAGCGACAGGCCCUCAAAAACACCAUCAAGAAGCUGAAGACCCACCAUGAGGCGGUGGGGGCACAUCACGAAGCUGUGGUGACACAAAUUGCUGGCCCGACUCAUGUGACACAGAUCCCGCAGCAGGUCAACCUGGGGUCACAACAGGUCAGUCUGGGGUCGCAACAGGUCAGCCUGGGGUCGCAGGUCGGUCUGGGGCCACAGGUCAGCCUGGCACAGCAGGUCAGCCUGGCGCAACAGGUCAUGAACUCUCAGGUCACCGCCAUUGUGACCUCACCCACGAUCACCACUGACAACCUCACGGCGCAAGACUUGACGUCAGGAAGCCUCUCACCGUGAAGCUUCCCAGAUGUCGAUAAGUUUUCUCACCUUCAACCUCGCUAAGGCUUGUCUCAACCUUCCUCUCAUCACAGUGAUGCUCCCUGCAAAUCGUUAAAAAAAGUUAAGGUGAAGAAAAACAAUGACUCGGCAAGGCCGUUCUCCUACAGCUGUGUGUGGGUUCAGAAGUGUAAGUAGCCUGUAGAGAGGAGCAACGUUCUUCAGAACUUGGACAACUGUGGAAAUAUACGUGUACGACUGAAUCAUAGUCACACAUGUAACUGUUUAUAUGUUCACUAGCACUACAGUAACAUGCCCCUUAGUUUAACUCUCUUCACCACUGUCCCAGUUUCAAAACAAGAAAGGAAGGGUGAAUAAACUUGAACCCUAUUGGCAUUAGGCUGGACUGUCUGGCAGAUCCACUAUGAAGGGACCAUUCAUUUUUGCUGGGAGCAUUACUACAAAACUAAAAAAAAGAGAGACAUUCGAAUAGGUCCAUUUUCAAUGUGUAGUGUGAUUGAUGUAUUUACCACCACCUCGGCUUGCAUGAAUAUACCGCAACGUUCUCCAGUGUCAAACAUAGAAAACAUUUCUACCUCCUUCCAAAUAACAGAUAACCCCAGUAUUAACACCAAAGCUGUUCCCAUACUUUCCUAGCCUACGUCAGUGCAUGAGUACAUUUGUAAGCGUACAAUGUAGUCUGUGUGUGCCAGUAUUUUUGAAACUCAAAGUCACAGGUAGUAACGUUACAGCCUAUGAUAUCUCUGAAAACCUCCAGUCCAAAGACUAAGGAACUAUACACAAAACCCCAUUCAAGGCUCUUUGGUCAAAGUCACAGGAUAGCUUGCCAGCUAGUCCUAACAAAGAACAUGAGUUAUGACAUAAGCUUUGGUUUUUUUAAUCCACAUUUAUCUAUUAAAUAAUUACAUGUAUUAUGAGCAAAAAGUUCAUAAUACAACCUUUCAUCA